GAAAGAAAAGAGAAAAAGAGAGAAAGAGAGAGAGAGAGAUGAGUAUGGUGGUAGUCUCUUCUCCACCUUUUUCUCAGCCGAAUAUUGCUCUUCCUUUGCCAUUUCACUUCUGAAAAUCCCUCUCCCACUCCAAAUUUUCUCAUUUCUUUCUUUUUUUCGUUUUUCUCUUUUCCAUUUUCCUCUCUAUCUCUCUCUCUCUCUCUAGAAAUUUCCCAAUUCCUUCAAUUUUCCCAAUUUCUCCAUUUUUUUUCAGCUCCGUCUGUGACUGUUUUUCGCUGCGUCUCUCUGUGUUUGGAUCUCUUUUUCUUAGAUGUGUUGUGCUCUGUAUGCUCGGAUGCUCAUCGUCCUCUUCAACAAAUUGCGGGUAUGUGAUGAUUCGGAUCUGUGAGGAAGCUGAAACUUUGAGUUUCUUUUUUUUUUUUUUUUUUGGGGCUUUUUUUUUGUUUGUGUAAUUUAUGUAUUUGGAUGAUUUCCUCGAGCUCGGAGCUCCACGUUUUUCUGAGCUACGAUUAGCGGUUUUCCGUUCCGAAUUUUGAGUUUUCAGGGCUGGGUUUUUGUUUGGAUUGAAUAAAUUUUGGAGUGUUUUUUUUCUCAGUUCUGGGUGAUGAUCAGUGGGAAUUGAAAUUCGAUUCUUUAUUGUUGUCGCUUCCAGGUGUUCCAUUUUUACGGUUUUGUCCGCUUUUAGCUCAUUUCGGCACUACGCGUGAAAAUUCAGAAAUAUCUGAUUGGACGAAAGAAAGGAACCCUUAUUUUGGCAAUUAUUCAAAGCUUCUAUCUUCGGCUUUUUGCAUCUACUCCAUUUUGCUCUGAUUUAGGUUGUCAACCUACCAUUUGCUUGGUAUCAGCUCUUGGUAGGCAUUGGUGAUUAGAGAUUUAGACAUGAGUCGGACAACAAAUGAGAGUGAAGAUGGAGUCCUCUCCAAAUAUCAGAGUGAGUCACCACUAGUUGAUGAAAGUAAUGGCGGAAAUUCGGGUGGAGCUGUUCUGAAGAAAGGGCCAUGGACAUCAUCUGAAGAUGCAAUUUUGGUGGAAUAUGUGAAGAAGCAUGGGGAAGGAAACUGGAAUGCAGUCCAGAAGCACUCAGGGCUGUUCCGUUGUGGUAAAAGCUGCAGAUUACGAUGGGCAAAUCACUUAAGGCCAAACUUGAAGAAAGGUGCGUUUACUGCAGAUGAAGAAAGGUUGAUUAUUGAACUCCAUGCCAAAAUGGGAAACAAAUGGGCACGCAUGGCUGCACACUUGCCCGGUCGUACAGAUAAUGAGAUAAAAAACUACUGGAAUACCCGAAUCAAGAGACGUCAGCGGGCUGGGUUACCUCUUUAUCCUCCUGAUCUGUGUUUGCAAGCAUUUCAAGAGAACCCACAAAGCCAAAACAGUGGUGGAAUAAGUGGUGGGGAUGGAGGACAUCAUGAUCCCUUGCAAGCUAACAGUUAUGAGAUACCAGAUGUCAUAUUUAAUGGUUUGAAAGGCAACAAUGAUGUCUUACCUUAUGUUUCUGAACUUUCAGAAAUAUCUGCUAAUAGUAUGCUGAUUAAGGGUCUUGGUUCUUCUCAAUAUUAUAGUUUCAUGCCACCAACAAUUCACCAGUCAAAGCGCCUUCGAGAAUCAAUAGAUGUAUUCCCUAAUUCCAGUGGUAGUGUUCGAAAUGGGUUUUCCAUGUAUGACCAGUUUCAAAAUGAUACCUGUGACAAAGCUGUGCGCUCAUUUGGGCUGUCUUUCCCUCAUGAUCCUGAUCCUAGUAAGAGCUUGUUAUCUUUUGAUGUAACCCAGGGCAGCCAUUCCCUUUCAAAUGGCAAUUCCUCAGCUUCUAAGCCCACUUCUGGGGCUGUGAAGUUGGAGCUCCCUUCACUCCAAUAUCCAGAAACUGAUUUAGGCAGCUGGGGCAGUUCUCCCCCGCCACCUUUACUUGAAUCAGUUGAUGCUUUUAUUCAGUCUCCUCCACCAGUUGGUGCAUUUGAGUCAGAUUGUCCGUCACCUCGUAAUAGUGGGCUGCUGGAUGCUUUACUUCAUGAGGCAAAGACUUUGGGCAGUGGAAGGAAUCAUUCGGCUGAAAAAAGUUCAAAUUCAUCUAGUAUUACACCUGGUGCCAUGGCUGACAAUUGUACUUUGAACAUUUGUGAAACAGAAUGGGAGGAAUACAGAGAACCCAUUUCUCCAUUGUGUCAUUCCACCACUUCACUUUUCAACGAGUGCAUUAGUACCAGUGGAAGCUCUGUUGAUGAGCCACCACAUGCUGAGACCUUUCCUGGGAGCAAUGUGAAAUUAGAGCCAGUUGACUCAGAUUUGGUCCUAGAUAAAGAAAGAGAAUCCACAAAGCAGUUGGCUUUAACGCGUCCUGAUGUUUUGCUUGCUUCAGAUUGGCUUGAGCAGAGUUCGGGUUGCAUGAAGGAGCAAAGCAUCAUGACAGAUGCUAUUGCAACACUUCUGGGCGAUGAUUUGGCAACGGACUACAAGCAUAUGGCAGCUGGAAGCUCUACUUCAAGCCAAGGAUGGGGGCUUGGUUCCUGUGCAUGGAACAACAUGCCAGCUGUCUGCCAAAUGUCGGAUCAACCUUGAAAAUUUGCAGUCUCUCAGAAUGUAUGAACUUUGAAACUUGUUACCACUUCAUUCAUGUUCAUGAUUUUGUUUAAUCUUGGACUGAGAAGGUUCAGAUGAGACUUAA